AUGCUGACCAAGACGAACGCUGCUCGUUGUGCAGCCUACUUCAAGGACUGUUCCAGAUUCUUUUCUCCUGCAGACCCAUUAUAUUCAAUCGCAAAUGUUUUCAGUUCAGCGGUAGAUCUGAAUUUCGCAACUGUUGAUGUAAAUGGGAUACCGUAUUACCCAAUUAAUGAAGAAGGAUCUGUCGGAGUUGGAGUACUGUCAAGAAUACCAUUUGGAUCGUGGGGUGGCGGAUAUUCGGAUCAUGUCGGUAUACGUGACUACUGGUCCCAAUACCAAGAAGCCGGUGGUAACUGGUACGAAGGAAAAUAUGGUUAUAAGAAUGGCUGGUCUGUGCCGUUGGUGCAGUCACUGGGUGUGGAGGGCGGACAGCACAACACAGCAUCUGUCCCGCUGGAUCCUCAGAAUGUCGGAAAUGUGAUGGUGGACAACGGAUACGGGGUUGGCGGAUACUAUGGCCACAACGACCAUGUGGGUGAAAACUGGAGAAAAGGCGAAGUAGUGCACAACUUUGGUGUUGGCUCUCCUUUUGUGGGAGCUGGAGUUAACACUGGACAGGCGAUCACGUUUCCCAGCCUCGACACCUUCUUGAAUGCCGGACGUAAAUAG